AAAAGUUGGUUUCUAAAAAAAAAAAAAAAAAAAAAACCACCAACGAGACCAAGACUCUCGGCUUGCCGUCUCCGUCUCGUCACUUGCAAAAAGCUCAACACUUGAUCUUAGCGACGCAUCAAUGACAGAGAGAUGAUCCUCGUCAUACUCAUCGUCUAAAGAAGAAGACAAUCUCCAAAACCUACUCGACGAAGCUCCAAGCCCAACCUCACGAACUGGAUCCUGGAGCCCUUCAUCUUCAGAAACUGAUCUCUCCUCUCUGGGCGAUAUGACUCGAUCUCAGCGACCAUGACUCAGCCUCGAUACACUCAGUUCGAUUUCAGCGAGAAGAAGAAGAUUAACCAAUCACCUCGUCCCCAUCAUUCGCUAAGAAAAGAAUCUCCGCCACUCUCGUCGGGAAAUCAGCAGUAGCUUGCGCCACUUCCGGUAAAGCUGGAGGCUUUCUCGCUGUUGUCCGGAUAAAGACCUUAAGCGACUCUCAGCCCAAAGUUGACGGAGUCAGAACUCGUCUCAAGGGGUUUGGGUUCACCGGCGAGGGUCAAUGGUCCGGCUAAAAGGCCAUCUAAGAUUGAUACGACUCAGACAACAGCACAGGCACGUCCUCAGCUCUUCACGAGGAAGUUGUUCGCGACAGAGAAGCACAGUGUUGGGAUUGUGAUCGGGAAAUUUGAAGAGGUGAGAGCGGACUCAGGGCAAGUUGACUCAGUUGUGAUCUCUAUCCAGAGGCUUCUCUUCAUCUAGCCACGCUGAUCUCGAUCCGUAACCAGCUCGUAGACCUGAUUGGAUAAAGUCAUCAGCUUUGAGCUCACCAUCAUCUCAGCUCUGACAAGAGCGAUCCAUUGAGAUUGUCAGCACAAAAUGUCAUCACGUCUUCAUCACCAGAAGCUUUUCACGGUCGCUUUCUAUCAAGGGAGGAGUAACCAUAAACUUGGUUUUAGAUUGAUGGCUCAAGAACGUUGACUUGAGAUCUUCUAACGAAGCGGGGAAGAGAAGACGAGGACAUGUGGCUCCAACGUAGUGUUGUGUCGAUACAUUGUAUACUAACACUUUCUCUUCGCUGACGAGCACAAGUACACGAGACAUGACCACAUCUUCUCACCGCCACUGCCAUUCCGAUGUCUAAACCUACAGAAGUGUUGCCUGGAUGUAACAAGGGAUAACGUCUCCAAGCUCCAUCAGUGCUCCGACCCUUUGAGCAAAAGAGAAGGUCGAGCACUGCCAUGUCAUCAACCCAAGCUUUGAGAUCAGACUCCUUAAACGCAUGUUUUAUUAGAGGUUGAGAGUUCUCGGCAGUCACGUGAUCUCUAUCUCCGGCUCAAUCCCAAGUUCUCUGCAUAGUCAUGCUUAUUGCGAGAGGAAAAUACUGAGUCUUUGCGACAACACAAGCUUUGCCGACGAGGGAAGUGGUUAGGACAAUAAACGAGAUCUUUAACCACGUCCACAAUAACUUCUUUGUCAAGUUACAAACAAGGCUCGACCUCUAAUGCUCCAUCAACGGUGACGUAUCCAAGCUCUCCACCACUAGCGAUCUUAAAAGAAAAAUAUUUAAAGUGGAGAGCAUGAUAUGGAUUGCCAUGUUCAGGCCCUAUGAGAGUAGGACACACCUUCAGCACAAGUGAAAAUACAAAACUCACGACAGCUCAUCCUCAAAGAUAAGUAUCCUAUAACCUUUAUGAGAUAGUUACCGUUGAUUGAUUUGUUGUUUGCAACAUGUGCAUAAAGAUUAGUAAUUGUUAAAUUACUAACAUCAUAUGCAAUAGCCGAGCAUUAACAUGAGUUAAACCACCGCUUGCUUAUCCAUUACACAAAACUUGACUAUUUUUUAUGGCUUAUCUUGAUCUGAUCAUCACCAUGUUUUUUGUAAGACAGAGCGUUGCUGCUCGUGUUCACCGCCAUUCUUGCCGGCGACUAUGCUCGACGAGAGGCUGCUCUUGCUGGUGACUGUGAUCUCGGACACACCACGUUUCUCUUGACAGCAACGUUAUCAUAGCCUGACGAGCGUACAUACCAACAACUUGCUCGGCACACACGAUCUUAACACGAGACUUCGGAUCCGAUCGCUUCAUAGAUUCAAGAAGCUUUUUGCACCAGAAAAAUUACAGGCGCUAGUCGGGCGGCAAUUUCGGACCUAACGAGUUACUGAAAAAUCAGGGAUUAAGCGGUAGAGGGUGCUUCGGAAGUUUUAUCAGACUAGCUAGCACGAGAAAGAGAAGAGGAAAUUCUUUGGAUUUAAUUAAGAGCUUUUAUCUGUUUUACUCUGGUUUUUUUAUACGUGGAUGUUUUUAGUCCAGCCUGAUACUUGUUCAAAAUAUAUAAUUUACUGAUAAUCUCCCGAAGACCGCGAGUGAGAUUGGCGAUUGAUUGUAUUAAACAGCUUAGUUUCCAAAUAUUUUUGAUAUUCCAAUGUCGUGAAGAAGAGAGUCUGCUAAGUUUAAAUACCUAUGGAGACCGGUGCAAGCAGUGAGAACAAUGGCUAUGAAGUAAUCAAGAAUGGUUCAUGGUUUAUCCAAUUUCGUAAUGGCUACAAUCCAUGGAUGGCUAGAUAUGUGUAUGGUCUAAUGUUCCUCUUGGUGAAUCUGCUGGCUUGGGUUGUCCGUGAUUAUGGCCGAGGUGCCUUGACAGAGAUGAAAAAAUUUAAGAAUUGUAAAGAUGGGCUAAACUGUUUAGGGACUGAAGGAGUUUUACGGGUUAGCUUGGGAUGUUUUCUAUUUUAUUUCAUUAUGUUUCUCUCAACCGUCGCUACGUCAAAGACGCAUUCAUCAAGAGAUAAAUGGCAUUCAGGAUGGUGGUUUGCUAAGCUUCUAAUGUGGCCUGGAUUAAUCAUAUUCCCUUUCUUGCUGCCUUCUUCUAUCAUUGACCUUUACGGGGAGAUUGCACAUUUUGGUGCAGGGGUCUUUCUCUUGAUACAGCUUAUUAGUAUCAUCAGUUUCAUUACAUGGCUCAAUGAAUUUUUCCUAUCCCAAAAAGACGCAGAGAGAUGCCAUGUCCAUGUGAUGCUACUAGCAACUAUUGCGUAUACCUUAUGCAUAUUAGGUGUGAUUUUGAUGUACAUAUGGUAUGUGCCUGAUCCAUCAUGCCUUCUCAACAUAUUUUUCAUCACAUGGACUUUGUUCCUAAUCCAACUCAUGGCAAGUAUCUCUCUACAUCCCAAAAUAAAUGCUGGAUUCUUGACUCCCUCGCUUAUGGGGCUUUAUGUUGUUUUCAUCUGCUGGUGCGCCAUUAGAAGUGAGCCAGUAGGAGAAAUUUGCAACAGAAAUGCUGAAUCUUCUAGCAGAACGGACUGGCUUACCAUCAUAAGCUUUGUGGUUGCACUGCUUGCGAUGGUAAUCGCGACAUUCUCCACGGGAGUAGAUUCACAAUGCUUUCAGUUUAGAAAAGAUGAGAACCAAGAAGAAGACGCGAUUCCUUACGGAUACGGAUUCUUCCAUUUUGUGUUUGCUACGGGAGCAAUGUACUUUGCAAUGCUACUUAUUGGUUGGAAUAUUCAUCAUUCCAUGAAAAGGUGGACUAUUGACGUUGGGUGGACAAGUACUUGGGUUAGGAUAGUAAACGAAUGGCUUGCGGUUUGCAUUUACAUUUGGAUGUUGGUGGCUCCAAUGGUACUGAAGAACAGACAAAUAACAUAAGAGCUACUUGUCACCUCUCUGUAUUAUGAAAACCAGACAGAUGUUUUCACCAUCAGUUUGGAUCUGACCAGAAAAAUAGAUAGAAUAUUAUGAUUGGGAAUUGUGUUAAAUCAUAUGUUUGUAUUUGUGUAGGAUACAAACUAUUGAUUAAUAUUAAGUUAUUAACUGUGACCCUCAUGGGGGUUUUCUAUUAUACAUCUUUAUUUAUACACAAAGUUCAAUGAUAUUCAAAAUUUCACUU